GUGAAUAAUUUGCCCGUAAACAAUCUUCACGUCACAUUCAACACCCAGAGCCACGGUCGGAGUUCUUAUUCUUCGGAUGACUUGCCCAGAAAUGUAGUCAUGACCUUAAAUCAAGGUUCACCUGUUAAGAGUAUGGAUUUCCAUCCAAGGCAACAAAUUUUGCUGCUCGUCGGGACAGAUAUGGGUGAUGUCAUUGUAUGGGAGGUAGGCAGCCGUGCAAGGACCGCCGUAAGAAAUUUCAAGGUUUGGGAUCUAGGAACAUGUUCAAAGGCGCUGCAGGCAUCCCCGGCCAACGAUAGUAAAGCAUCGAUUAACCGUGUAAUGUGGAGUCCCGAUGGAAUCCUCUUUGGUGUUGCGUAUUCCAAACACAUAGUGCACAUAUACUUGUAUCUUGGUGGUGAUGACAUAAGGAACCACCUUGAGAUUGAGGCUCAUGUUGGAAGUGUUAAUGAUCUUGCCUUUUCAUAUCCAAACCAGCAGUUAUGUGUUGUUACCCGUGGAGAGGACAGGUCGAUCAAGGUAUGGGAUGCAGAGACGGGGGCUCAACAAUACAACUUUGAGGGUCAUAAAGCACCCGUGUAUUCCAUAUGUCCACACGCGAUAAAAAUUAUUCAAGGUACCUGGUUUUUACGAGUACUAAUAAGGACACACUUGAUUCCCGUUUGCUAAAACUUGGUUAGGUGAAAAGUUUUGGUU